CAAACAGAUUAUUGUUUUAAUUAAUCAUGAACAGUUAUUUAAGGUAUAAUGAAAGUGUACAUUAUAGUGAUUACUGUGCAAACAGACUACUACUAUAGCAUUUAUUUUGACGUAUGAAAUACAUAGCGUAUGUUCACAUAAUGUAUGUUUCAUAAGAUACGCUUCAUAUACCACUUUUUCAGCUCCAGCAAAGAGUGUUAAUAUUGCAUUUCACUAUAAUAACAAAAUGUAUAUAGAGGAAAAUGAAAUGCAAACUAUCAGUUGUAAUUCCUCGUCAUGCUUUCCAAAACCGAUAGUCAAAUGGUACCUUCGAAAUUCAACUGUUACAGAAGAGAUAACAAACCUUUCGAGACAAUCCUAUAUUUCACAGAAAGACGGGUUGACAUCAGCUGAAAGUAUAAUUCAUCUUCUUCUUAAUAGGACACACGACAGUUGGUAUCUAUAUUGUGAAGUAUGGACAGGAUUGGCAUAUUUCGACAUUGCAAGCAAAGAAAUUUUACUAAAUGUGACAUAUCAACCUGAUGGCCCUCCAAUUAUAGUUGGCUAUGAACAGGACAAGAUAUAUCAGAUUGUUGAGUCAGAAUCGGUAAAACUGAAUUGCACCGUUACUGGAGGUAAACCAUUUGCAACCUUAAAAAUGGCUUGUUUCAACACUAGUACAACACAAAACACUGUCACGACAGAGACAACGGUAACUAUACAAAUUGCAUGUAAGGCAAUACGCAAUCACAGUAAUUGCACAUGUCAGUCUGAUCAUAUCGUUGGUGGUACUCAGAAAACAUACAUCAGUUUUGAUGUCCUGUUUCCUCCAAGUAAUAUUAACUUCGCCAUACUAGGAAAGAAAUCAGAAUCAGAACAGUUAGUUGUCAAGAAAAAUGAAGAAGUGACUUUAGAGUGCAUUGCCGAGUCUAAUCCUUAUCCAGAAAUAGUAAUCAGAAAUGAAAUGAACGAAAAUAUUGCUUGGAAGAUAAACAAUAUUUCUGUUCAACAUACUAUUGAUAACGUAUCUUGCUCUGAUGCGGGAGAGUAUUCGUGUUCUGCUCGAAACAUAUUUAUUUUUGGACAAGGAGUUAAAUCAAGACUUAUUCUCAUUGUCAAAUGUCCACCUAGGCCAUCAGCUGACAACUUAAAAGAAGGAAAGUUAGCUGUUGUCCUUCAUUCUGAUGUUACGUUGCAAUUCCUAGCUCAAAACUAUUUUGACGAGGAAAAUAACACUAUAUUCACAUGGUAUAACCAGAACUCGUCGCUACAGAAUGGCGGUAGGAAAUACAUUAUUUCUUCGCUUGGAUUACAAUCCACCUUAAUAGUUAGAAACGUGACGCAGACAGACUAUGGGCAAUACCAUGUUGAGGUCAGGAAUUCAGCUGGUUUUUACAUUCACUACUAUGAAUUGCAAACAAAGGCGAAGCAACCGACGACAGAUUCUACCUUGAUUUGGACAUUGAUUAGUGUCUCAGCUGGUACAUUUGUUUCUACAAUUAUCGCAGGUGUAGUGGCAUUUUUGUGUUGCAGAUUUAUCAGAAGAAGACAACAUCUGAAACAGUCAUCAAAACAAACAGUUGAAGAUAUCCAUGAAAACCAGCCCACGUUUAAUCCUGAUGAAAUUGAUACCGUUCACGAGUAUGAAGAACUUGAUGAUGAACAUCGUAUUGAUGAUAGAACAUACAUGGAAAUGCAUACAAUAAAAGCGGGCGAUGAUGCACACAGAGACUAUCUUACUCCGACUCUUUAGUGUUUUACAGUGAGAGAGAGACCUUUUGUGAACAAAUCCAUGUAAUAUGUCCUUGAUAAAAUGUCAUGACAAGUUCACCAAUUUUCCGUAGAAAAUGUGCGUUAUUGUAAUCAUAGAACAGUAUCGAGUCAAUUUAGCCAU